AGUAUCGCAUGUCGCAAAAUUAUAAUGUUAAGUAGAAAAUCAACUGUCUUGAUGAUAUAAAUAUUUAUUUAUUUUCUAAUUAUUACAUACCAGUUACAACUUAUUGCAAAAAAAUUAACAAUUUAGAGUUCUACAUCAUGCCUAAUAACAAAGACAUUGGAGACGGGUUCCUGGAAAUAACUGGUAGAAAAAAAAUCAAGAAGAAAAUCCUGUAUAAAAAUGAGAACAAAAAUAGAAUGCGUGCUGUUGUGGGUCAACUUCAUAGUUUGGAUUUAUUCGAAAAGAAAUUAUUAAAGGUAGAGGUUGAAAUGAUAGCAUCAGAUUUUUUGAAAAGAAAUUUACGUACGCUGCAAAAAAUUUUGAGCAUGAUUAAAUUGGAAAAAUUCAAAAGAAUGAUAUGUUUAGGAAUUGGGCCAUUCUCAUUCAACAUUGAUUGCUUGCAUCAGUUGGCCUUUUUUAUGAUUUUGAUCAAAAAAUUUGAUAUAAGAGACGUCGAAUUUUAUGAUCCUGUCUUAACUGAACAUGAAAAAAUAUUUUUAACCUCCAAAAACAUUAAAAUAACGCCUGAAAAUUAUGAAGGAUUCUAUUCUAUAGACAGCAGCACGCUUGUUUGUCUGCCGCAUUGUCCAGUGGAAUUAACAAAUAAUAUUUUGUGGCAAAAUUGGAGUCCAAACUCGCUAAGUAAAAUUGUGUUACUCUGUAAUAGCAUAGAUGAGGUUUUAGCAAAGAAUUCUGAAACGGCAAAUGAAAAUUACAAGGAAUUAAAAAAAAUAUCGUCGUGCAUUAAAGAAUUUCCUUUAGAAAAUAAUUACUGCUUUCGAGAUAUUUUUAACAAUAUGGCUUUUCAUUUAUUUGAUAUGCAAUCAGAAAAAUUAUCAAGUGAAGGAUUUUGGGUAAAAGAAAGCAAACCUUUAGUUUCAUCUGCAGAAAUGAUCACAAAUGAUUUAGAAAAAAUCAAGAUAUAAAUUCAUGCUGCUAAAGAAUUGGCAGAAGGAAAACACGUCAUUUUCGCAUGAAAAUUCAGGUAAUGAAUUAUAAGUGCGAAUCAAAAUCACUUAAGCUGUAUUGUUAAAAAGCACAAGUACUUUGAAAAUGAAAUAUAUAUACCUGAAAAAUGUGCACCGGUUACUUAUAAUAGAGUAUAAUUUACCUGAAAUAAAACACAGUAUUUGAAAUU